GGCGCAGGAAGAGGAAGAUGUUAGAGAUUACAAUUUGACUGAGGAACAGAAGGCAAUGAAGGCCAAGUCUCCGCCAGUCAAUAGGAAGUACGAGUAUUUGGAUCAUAUGGCGGAUGUGCAGUUACACACAUGGGGAGAUACUCUGGAGGAAGCAUUCGAGCAAUGUGCAAUGGCCAUGUUUGGUUACAUGACAGAUACUGGGACAGUGGAGCCCCUCCCAACAGUAGAAGUAGAAACCCAAGGAGAUGACUUACAGUCUCUUCUGUUUCACUUUUUGGACGAAUGGCUUUAUAAGUUCAGUGCUGAUGAAUUCUUCAUACCCCGGGAAGUGAAAGUACUUAGUAUUGAUCAAAGAAAUUUCAAAUUACGAUCAAUUGGGUGGGGAGAAGAAUUUUCAUUGUCCAAGCACCCUCAGAGAAUAGAAGUCAAGGCAAUAACAUAUUCAGCAAUGCAGGUCUAUAAUGAAGAGAAGCCGGAAGUUUUUGUGAUCAUUGACAUUUAAGACACCAAAAAAGAAAAGACUCCUAUGAAGAACUGUUUUUUUUUCCCUCUUCCUUUUGAGAAGACACUAUGAAUUAAAUUCUACAGCA